CAUUUCCCAUAAUUACCGCUAAGACGCCCAUUGGUGGGGGAGAAGCCAUGGGAACCUGCCGCCCUGGUGUGAGGCGGAGCGCGCUCAUUCCAGGCCUGAGGGGGCCGAGACCGAGAAGGGUGCGGAAAAGGACUGCUGGCCCCGCCCCUCGGUCCCUACCCUGCGGAGGCCGGCGUUUCCCGCUCUGAGGGAUCCUGUGCCGCCGCCGCCGCGGCCGCCACCUGGUUUCUUCAGGUUCCAGGUUUCCCUGCCAACCACGAGGAGUCCAGGGAGGAAAAGCGGAGCCUAGGUGCCAAUAACCCACACUUCCCGCGUCUCUUCCAGCCCGAGAUCGCCCCGGCAGGGAUGGGCGACAAGAUCUGGCUGCUCUGCCCGGUGUUCCUCCUGGCCACUCUGUUCUCAGUGCUGCUGCCGGGGGCGGCCGGCUUCACGCCCUCCUUAGACAGCGACUUCACGUUUACCCUUCCGGCCGGCCAGAGGGAGUGUUUCUACCAGCCCAUGCCCCUGAAGGCGUCGCUGGAGAUUGAGUACCAAGUUUUAGAUGGAGCAGGAUUAGAUAUUGAUUUCCAUCUUGCCUCUCCAGAAGGAAGAACCUUAGUUUUUGAACAAAGAAAAUCAGAUGGAGUUCACACGGUAGAGACUGAAGAUGGUGACUACAUGUUCUGCUUUGAUAAUACAUUCAGCACCAUUUCUGAGAAGGUGAUUUUCUUUGAAUUAAUCCUGGAUAAUAUGGGAGAACAGGAGCAAGAACACGAGGACUGGAAGAAAUAUAUUACUGGGACAGACAUGUUGGACAUGAAACUGGAAGACAUCCUGGAAUCCAUCAACAGUAUCAAGGCCAGACUAAGCAAAAGUGGUCAUAUCCAGACUCUGCUUAGAGCAUUUGAAGCUCGUGAUCGAAACAUACAAGAAAGCAACUUUGACAGAGUCAAUUUCUGGUCUGUGGUUAACUUAGUGGUAAUGGUGGUAGUGUCAGCAAUUCAAGUUUAUAUGCUAAAGAGUCUAUUUGAAGAUAAGAGGAAAAGCAGAACUUAAAACUUUAAACUAGAGUAAUUAACAUUGGGGAAAAAAAGACGGAAAAAUGCAGUACACGGUUAUAAUCAAGACCAUUAAUAGUCUUUUCAAAAAAUGUUUUCAGGCAUUACCACAGUGUGAAACAAGUAUAAUUAUAAGGUGAAAGGAGUCUUCACUUUCGUCUGUGCAAGUAAUCUUACUGCUUCAGUUGUACUUAAGUGUAUAACAAAAAUAUUUCACAGAGUAUAGGUACAAUUGAAUGAAGCCAUAUUAAUCAGUAUUUUCCUAAGUUUGAAAAAAUCUUGCAGAUGUCAUAGGUGAUUUAAAUAAAUGAACUUUGGGCCUAAAUGCAACACCAAACAUUGUUUUUAAAAGACUGUCUUACCUAGAAGUUUCUUUGUAAAUGUGGCAACUAUAAAUUAAUUGUAUAAUUUUUCAGUAUAGUAAAUUAUAAAUCAUAUGAGAAUUACCUAAUCAUGGAUUGGAUAUAUCUUUAGAAGACAAAAACUCAACUUUUCUUUUUACAUAUAUAUCUCUCCUAUAAUGUAAAUAGAAGCAUAGCUGUGAAAAACAGAUUUGUGAGAUUUUUAUAACCAAAUAUAUUUCAAUUUAAAAUAUUAGCAAAAAGUAUUAAAUACUUAGCUUAUAUUCCCCAAAGGCCAACAUUUUAAUAAUUCUUAAAAAUGCUCAGUCAUUAUUAAAAUUGGAACAAAUUUUCUCUUUGAAAUGAAAUAGCCAAAGGCUGCUCACAGUCUCCAUAAGGACACAUUUGGUCUAGUCCUUAACUCAGAACUAGAAUUUUGAAAUUAAAUGUGAGGAAAAAAAUUUUAUUUUUAUAUUAUCUAUCAGCAGUGUUGUUAGUUUUAACAUGAUUACUGACUUGGAUAAUACAUUAUUAACAGCAGUUGUGAAGGAAAUACUGCUUAAAAAUCUGGGCCUUACAUAAAUAAGUAUCUCCUUUUCGGAGUUCUCAAAAUCAACAACAACAAUCAAUAAAGAAGAAUUUAGGUAAGCUUGAGAACAUCUGAUCAAAAUUAAGGUCCCUUAAAUAAACUGUAAGUAUCUGGAAUCUGAUUGGUUCAUCAUAAUGACCCAAUCCUAAUAUCAAUCAUGAGACUAAAUUCCAGAUAACUGAAGAAACUAUACUUGGCUAGGGUUUUAUUUUUUACAGUUGUUUUAUUCUGUUUUUAAUUGUCUUAAGUAUUCAGGUACAUUUUAUGAAACAAACUACUGUAAGGUUUAGCACUGGGUACAUACAAUUGUUAAAACUUUCACUAAAUGACCUUUCUGAUCACUUUAUUUAUUGACAUUCAAGUAAGGAUUUGAAAGCCCACAGAAUCCCAAAUUUAAAGUCAGUAUGUGAAUAACUCUAUGUAAAGUCUCUGCCAUCCUUGCUUAUUGCGAUCUGGGGAGUAUUAAAUACUGGUAAUUUAGCUACAUCAUGAAUUAAAUAGAAUUUUUAGGUUAUACCAUUUGUAAUAUUAAGACAAAUAUGAGAAAUCAACUUAAAAAUUUGAGUAUAGAACUUGUCUGUACAUUAGUACUGCUGGAAUUCUUAAUAAGCAAUGAUAUUGAGAGAAUGGUUUCAUUUACUAAUUUACAGUCAGAGUGGUACAAAAAGAGAUUUAUCUCCCUCCUUAUGCCCUUGGGAGAACAAAAAGAUUAGCUAUCCCUAUAUGAAGCUUUUAAAAAAUGAGGUAAAUGCCAUAUAUAAUUACCUUAACUGGCCAAGAAAAUGUUUGUGUCCAGGAGUAGUGCCUACAAGGGCCAACAAUCACCUAUGAAGAGACCUCCCUUUCCCCCCUUCUGUUAAACUCAUGAGAAGCAACCUUACCAUACUAUAACUAGUAAAACAGUACAGAUAUAAAGUACUGCAUCUUUUCUAUAAAACUGUGAUCAAGAACUCUACCUCUGGCUGGUUACUGUACUAUACUCUGAUUCCUUACCUAACAAUGAACUUGUUACAUUAUCUACAGAUGAUUUGUGCCACCGAUUUUAAACCUAUGAUUCAGUAACGUCUUACAAUGGCCUUAUCUGGAAAAAAGGAAUUUAGGAAUACUGAGGACAUAAUUUUAUUUUUAUAGGCACAAAAUGAAGAGUGGGAUUAAGAAGGAUGUUACUUGUAUUAACCAAAAAAAGUAUAAUUAGCAAAGAACUAAAUUCUUUAAUAUUUCUAUAGGCAUAUAGUUUAUCUGCCUGAUGGUUUUUUAAAUGUCAGUAUUCAAUUUUGAAAUUAAAAUUACGCUAAGAUUAAGCAACUUAUCAUUUAAUGACUGAUUUUGUCUUCAGUUUUUAGUUAUAUAAACUCUUAAAUUACAAUAUUUAAGGCCUAGAGUUUUACUCUUAUUUGCAUUUGGGUCAUUAAUGAUGUGCUGUUCUUUCAUGUGAAUGUCAAGGUAUAGAAGGUAAGUGAAUGUCAAGGUAUAGAAGGCAAUUAAGUGGUUGAAAUAGCAUGGAAAUAAAUUACAAAUUCAGAUGUAAUUUUAUGUUAAGUGUUUUUAUCCUUAAAUAUUGUUAUUGUCUUAAAAUUAACAAAAAUUGAGUACCUAUAAUUUUAAGCCUCCCCAAGUAAUUCUUUAUCUUAAAUUUUAAAAAAAAAGAUUCAGCAUGUAAUAACUUUUCAUCUUAAUACGCAGUGUUGCUCAAAUUUCUUUAUAGUUGUGAAUAGCCAUAUUAAAUGAGCAAUGAAUACUGUUCUGAAUAUAUAUAAUAAAAAUUACAAUCAAAGAAAAUCUUA